AUGACCGGUCCUCCACACACUCCACGUUCUUCGGGGCCCCGAGCUGCUAUAACGCCCUCUUUUAGCUUCGGCUUUGGGUUCCUGCCAUCAUUCCAGUUCAGCCCUUCAAGACUCAUUUCUCCACAGCGUUUUUUUCAGGUGGGACUGGCGGGAUCGACUCUUGCAAGGGCCAUCGAGCCGAAAGAACCGCUUUCAAAUAACAAUACUGGCGUCUUUUCCGAGUCCAACGAACUCCAAGUACCCGCCAACGGAACCUCGUCGGCUAAUGACUCGCUCAACGACAGUCUUUGGUCCAUAAACUCGUCACAACAUGUGACUGGGAUCUCUUCAAUCUACGAAGAAGAGCCUGAAAACAAACCUUACGCGACCCCAAUCAAGUUGAUCGUCACGAAAAGCCCCGAGAAACAACCGGGGGUGACAACCGGCCCAAAUAACCCCUUUGACGUGUCGGCAAACUCACCGGACUCCGAAUCGGCAGCCUUCGAAGAUGGUGCCGCAACCGCUACUCAAGCCCCAGGAAGAUCCCAAUUAGAGCAAUUGGCGUCGGCGAAGAGAAGACGCAUACAGAAAACACCCUACCAGGGUCUUGACGACAGUCCCGAUGAUCAGAAUGGCCCCGGUGGUCACGAUCAGGCAGAGAGAGUGUGGACCAGCGAACUAGACAAGGUGCUUUAUCUGGCGUAUUUGACGUACAAGGAGUUCAAACAGACUCAUGGUGACUCACCCGGCUUCAAGACCACAUCCCAAAACAACAUUCUCUCAACUAUGAUCUUCAACAAAACAGGAAGCAGACGUACAUCCAAACAAAUUGCAUCCCGUCUCCAUAGACUUCUCAGACAGACCAAACCAUCAUUUACUCAGUUGCCGACGGUGGAAAUCCCUCAGUCAGUGCUUACAUCAAGUGAAGAAGUGUCACCACUUCAUACCACCAGCAAGCAGAUGCAUGAUGAUAUGAGUUCAUUGCUUGUGUCUUCACCAUUUCCUGAAACUUCCAUUGACGAAAAGUACGUGUUGACACCAUCGGACAUUACCAUUGCUUAUAUCAAUCGGAUAGAUGCCACCAAAUCCAUUCAAUUCACCAAGCUUCUGUCAGUAAAUGAUAGAACGAUGGACAUUAGUCAGAUGCGUGAGCUUCUUACGCCGCCAGUGAAUGAACUUUUCAAAGACUCAUUCCUCUCAAAAACAAGCUCGAAGGGCAUAUCAAUAAGUCAUAUUCAGCAUUGCAUCAACAUCAGCACCCACAGCCUGUCGCCUCAUUCGGCGUCUUCUCCUCUUGGGUCAUUAUCUACCGAUGAUGGAUACUUUAAAGCAAAUAUCAAGAUUCGUGUCGAAGCAAACCGCCCUCCAAACAGCGUCCUUGCAUGGAAAUGUUACACCCAGAUAUUCAAAGAAGAUCAAAGCAUUCUCAAAUAUAAUGAAGAUGUGAAUGCCUAUCCAUUAGGAGAAAAGUAUGAGCUUCCCAUAUCGUUUCUGAAACAGUUUUGGUCAGGAUACCUAACUUACAUGCAAAAUGGUGGCUAUGACGAAAGUUCAAUGAAUGAGCUUUCUAUCGUACAAGUGAUAUAUUUUGGUGAUGGUGACUUUGAUCCAGCAAAGUCCACUGUGUGUGGAAUUUUAUCCCAUGUUUUCUCAAUCCAGCUAAAUUCCGAAGGAAAGUCUGAUGUUACGACUAUCAAACUAGCAGAUAGCAAAGCCAAAGGAUCCUUCUCUGAAGAACAACUGGUGAUGUCUGCUCCUCCUCCGCUCAAAGUGGAACCAUGUCAGCGUCCCAAGUUUGAUGGACCAGUCAGUGCUCCGAUUUACAAUGCAUCGAUUGUGACUAAUUUGAAUCAAGAGUUAAUCAGAAAACAAGAGGAGUUCAAAAGGGGAGAUAUCUCUCCAGGGCGUUCCAUGUCCAUCUACAGUCCUUUCUCCGGACAGCCUACUCCCCGACAUUUUAGCACUUCAACACCAGCCAAAGACCUGCCUGGUUUAUACAAGCAACCAAUGCCCCAAGGACAUAUGAUACACCGUAAUAUGCAGCCAUAUCCUCAACCGGGCCUUGAUAAUGGUAUGAACCGAGAGCAAGCCUUUCAACUUUAUCAGCACCUUCCUCAACAAAUGCACCACUACCAAGCACCUCCACAGCAAGUCAAUGUCAUGCAAAAUAUGAUUCCAAUGAGUCAAGACCCACAACAAAUGCCGCAAGAAAUGCAGCAGAAUAUCAUGAAUCAACACAGGUUAAUGAUGCAAUAUCAAGCACAAUAUCCACCAGUGUUGCAGCCAACCAUAACGGUGCCCAACUCAGCCCCUGCAUCACAAACGUAUUUCUUCCAAGGUUCCGAACGUCAGCCAGUGGCAGCGCCACCUCCUACGAAACCUACGGCUUCGUCAUCUUACCAUCCACCAUUGUCUACAACCGACACCAACAAGUCCAAGCCAAUGGAAAUCACAUUCGUACCAAUUCUUGAGUAUGAUCCUUCGAAGAACAUCCCCAAAAAGCAGCGUAUACCAUCCAACUCGUCAGUCAAUAAGAUUGGCAUGGGAGUUCAUCGGUAUGCACAGGUAAGUAUGUACGAACCAAACAAGAAGAAAUAG